GGAGGUGAAGCAUGAAAUAUAAUGAGUUUUCCUAUCCAAUUCUCAGUUGACAUGUUACACAUAAAUAUUUUUUUUAUUUUUGUAAUUUUAAUUUGUUUUAAAACUCUGGAAGGACAUUGUUAGAUUUUGAAGAUUAAUUUGCUGGACGGUGCCACCCAGAAAUGGUGCUGAGUUGGCCAAUUAUUAGUAUAAGAAAAAGUAAAUUGAGAGAAGUGAGCUAAAUAAAUAAAAAAGUGAAUGCAUACAAAAUCUGCAUGGAGGCAAUCUGAUUUUGGUCUUUAAAUUUCAGUUCUUUUUAUGCGAUUCCAGUCCUCGAAUUUUGCAGCCAAUUUCCCAGUAUAUAUAUAUGCCCUACACCAAAUACUCACACACUCUCACAUUAUUAUUCCUCCCACGCUAAUUAACUUCCCCAAAAUUGGUAGAAUUUCAUCUAUUUGAAGUAGGAUCGGAGAAAGGAUGAACAGGCCGGGCGAUUGGAGUUGCCGGAGCUGCCAGCACCACAAUUUCCAGAGGAGAGAGUCGUGCCAGCGAUGCGGGGGCCGGAAGCCCGGCGCCGAGUUCAUCACGGGGCCGGACGUGCGGCGCGGGGACUGGUACUGCGCCGUAGCCAACUGUGGGGCCCACAACUUCGCAAGCCGCUCCACGUGCUUCACGUGCGGCGCCACCAAGGAUGAACGAGGACUCGACUCCGACCUGACGCGUGGCCGAGGCCGCGCCGCCGCCUGGAAAUCCGGCGAUUGGAUCUGCACUAGGUAUGCAUGCAACGAGCACAAUUUUGCGAGCAGGAUGGAAUGCUUCAGGUGCAAUGCGCCAAGGCAAACCACUGACAACUCAUUCUUCUAAUCAGCUUUUCGGGUUAUUUUCUUUUUUUUUUCGUAUUUUUUUAUCAAUAUUUGAAUUUUUGCAAUGGGGAUGGGUUUGUAACCCAACUUAUAAUUUCUAUUCUUUACUCAAUAUUUAAUAUUUAAUUUUUAUUUUCUUUAAAAUUCAAACAGAAACUAAGAGCAAGACUGAAGCAUGGUACGGGAUUGUGAACGAGACAAAUGAUUGCUUUGAAGAAUAUGAUUUAGCCUGCAUUUCCCAAUUUAUCUUCUGUUUUUCUUAGUUUUGAUUUCCUUAAUUAGGGAAUUAGCAUUAGGUGAUAAGCUAUCAUUGCAAUUUUUAUGAUCGGAUGUAGUGUAGUAUUUGAAUUUUGUGAGAUUUUAGCUAUGCAUUUCAGAUGUAGCCCCUUUCUGUUUCUU